AUGAGCGACGAUGUGAUAUGGCAAGAAAUUGGCAUUAAUCCUCAACAUAUUGUGCAGUGUGAGUCAGACGCCAGUCGUUAUCAGCUAAUAUGUGACAGGGCCUGGCUAAAGUCCCUCGAGCGUCAUGGCACACUCACAGACUUCAAGGAAUGGCCACAGCUGGACAGACGCGCACAUCCCACAGGCCCUUUGGAGCAUCCUUGGACCUGCAUACUAGUGCAGACAUAUCGCAAGCAGCCACAGUGCAAAGUAUAUCCACUGCCAGCCCGCGCAGCGCCAGCAGAUGAGACGCCGUUGCCACUCAGUUACUCCCAGGCAGUUUGCUAUGUAGCCAAUGCCAAUUUCAAGCAGCUAUGGGAGGCGGCCUAUAAGCAAUAUGCGGGUGCGCAUGUAAAGCAAAGCAAAGCGAGCAACGUAACGAGCAAAAAGCUGACACAGUUGCAGAAUGGACUACAGCCACAUGAUCUAGUGCUCAAGCAGUUGAUACAGCGCAUCUACAACUGUCCCGUGCUGCCGUGUAAACAGGAGCCAGGUGCUGUUAAUAGCCCGGAUGCGGAUUUGGCCAAUGAUUGUCAUGCUAAUGUGCUGCCAGCACUGGCGGCUAUUGAGACCAGCACACACUACUGCGUCUUCCACUAUCCGCCCGCGCUAGACUGCAGUCUGCAUGAUUGCCUCAGCUACAGUCCCGCCCUGCUGGGCAAGGGCUACAACAAGAUGCUGUUCAUCAUCUAUCAGCUGCUGCAGCUGGCGCGACACUUGCAGGCGCAGGGACUGUUCCUGGGCGACUUGCGUCUGCAGCAUUUAUUGCUGCGCGAGAAUCUCUGGCUGCAGGUGCUGCCGCGACUGGAAUGCAAUCUGCUGCAAUGUGACCAGGCGGCUACGGUGGACAUGUCGCUGCCUGAGUCACCAGAGCAGCUGCCCAGCAGCAGCAUCAUUGAUCUCAAGCUGGCCUACGAUCCGGCGCAGUUCAAUCUACGCGAAUACUGUGAAAUGUGGUGCAAUGGCCAGUUGUCCAACUUUGAUUAUCUCAGCAUCUUGAACAAUGCCUGUGGACGCAGUCCGAGCAAUGCUGCUCAUCAUCACAUCAUGCCCUGGGUAACGGACUUUGCCGCACGCAAUGGCGCCAAUUGGCGUGAUCUAACCAAGAGCAAAUAUCGCCUCAACAAGGGCGACAUACAUCUGGAUCUCAUGUACAGUCAGCCAGCUGGCGCUGUGGAGCAGCUGCAGGUGCCGCAUCAUGUGUCCGAUUUUCUCUCCGAGAUUACAUACUUUGUAUACAUGGCACGACGCACACCACAGUCCAUACUCUGCGCACAUGUGCGUCCCAUUUGGGUGCCCGCCGAAUAUCCCGUGUCCAUACAGCGACUGCAGCAAUGGACGCCAGAUGAAUGCAUACCCGAGUUCUAUACAGAUCCAAUGAUUUUCAAGAGCAUACAUGAGGACUUGCCGGAUCUGGAGCUGCCUGUCUGGGCUAGCUGUCCUGAGGACUUUAUAUGCAAGCAUCGCGAGGCGCUGGAAUCGCAGCAUGUAAGCGAGCGACUGCAUCAUUGGAUUGAUUUGAAUUUUGGUUACAAAUUAAGCGGCAAGGCAGCUAUCAAAUCAAAGAAUGUCUGUUUAAGUCUGGUGGAUCAACAUACCAAUCUCAGCCAGCGUGGCAUAGUGCAGCUGUUUAAUCAACCGCAUCCAGCCAGACGUUAUGCCUCAGCCUGGUUCAACAAAACAGCGCCCAGGCUAACGCAACUCUAUGCUGCCAGCGAUGAAGGCAGCUCCAAUCUAAGCCAGCGCCGCUUGGCGCGCAGCAGCGAGAAUCUGCAUGUGAGCAGCGUGGACAAUAGCUCGCCACGCAUGUCGCUGCGACCACCGCAGACGGAGUCACCUGGCUACUAUAAUGUGCCCAACUUUAUUGAGCUGCCGGCGCAGUACAAUCCUGCGCUGCUGCUGCAGCAGCUGGAAACGCUGGAGAGCUUCUAUGCGCGCACAUUUCCACAACAAAGCGCAGCACCGAAUCCAGAGGAGCUAAUAAUCAGCAGUGAUUUGUUAUUCGAGCAAAGUGCAGCGGAGCAUUCCUUUACCAAUCAGCUAUUUGCUGGAGAGAGCAGCUUGGCACAGACGGCAAGCAAAAAUCUGCUGGUAUCGACGCCGCCUGCUGAGCAAAGUCUGCAGCAGCUACUGGCGUCACGCACGCAGCGUGAGCUGCAUGUGCUGGGCUGUCUAUUGGUGGAACUGUUUGCACUGCAGCGCCUGCGCCCGCUGCUGCAACCUAGCGCGGAUUUGGAGCGUCGUCUGGCUGCCUGCCGCACUGUGUUGCAGCUGCAUGGCCUGGAGCUGCCCAGAGCAGUGCGUCAAGUUGCGCAGCUACUGCUGCUGCAGCCAGAGCACCAACUGACGUCGUCGGGUCUACCACGCCCCGCAAGCCCAGCACAGCUGCUGGAGCCCAUGUUUGCCUCAUCGCUGCUGCCCUUUCCCAGUCAUUAUAUAGCUGUCUACGCUUUCAUGCGCACGCUGCAUGUUUAUCAACUGAACUUUGAGCUGCUGGAGCUGCAUACGCAUCUGAACUGCAGCGGUGGACUGGAGUGCGCUCGCUACACGGAUCUGGAUCGCCAGCGUGUUUUGUUUGAGCGCAAGAUUGCCGAGUGUAAAGUCAUGUCCGCCAGUGCGCAACUGCGUCGCCUGCUGGGCGUGCAGACCUUUGCCUAUGAGCAGUUUACGCCCGUGCAGCUGAUUCUACCCCAUGUCAUAGAUUUGCUGCGUGAUGAGCGCACUUCUAUAUUAAGCGCCUGGAACUUGUUUGAUCCCAUUGCCCAAGCGCUGGGCAUAACGCAAACCCAACAGCAGCUGCUGCAGCCGCUGCUUAAGCUCUACGAUGUGGAGAGUGUGCCCUCGCAGCAGGAGGAGAGUCUCAAUGGCAGCGGCAUUGCCAGCAGUCAACAUCUGCGCUUCUCCGCCAGCAGCAGCUUCAAGUCACGCAAAUCCGUCAAGCUCUAUCAUCAUAGCUUUCUGCUGCGUUUGAUAGUGCGCUUUGGCUUGCGCUGCUUCUUGCAGCACUUUAUAGCGCCUCUUAUCGAAGCUGUGGGUGGCUACAAGGAGCCGGAGCAAGGCACUGGGCUGCACUAUCAUCUGCAUAGCAAUGGCAGUCGGCGCACCAGCAAGAAUCUCAGCUAUGCUAUGGAGCAGGAGCAGCUGCCGUCCGCCAAGCCUGACGUGGAGGAACUGUUUACAUUUGAGGAGGAUGCGGAGCAGAAAUCGUUAGACUCAUUUGAUUUGCCUGCCAAUUCCACAGCGUUAGCUGAGGAAGCACAUGAAUCUACAGGCAGCUCGCCGGAUAAACUGGCGAUCAAUGAGCUCAUCUAUGGCGCCAAGCUCUCACCGGAUAAGAUAUCGCUGCUCAGUCAAGAGCACACGCCGCCAGCUCCAACACACAUAGGACCACGCUCACCCACCAUUGAAAUCCCAGCCAGCGGCAUUAGACGCAGCUUUCAGCUCAGCGCCAUUGACUGCGACAUUGGCUCACGCAAGAGCGUCGACAGCUUUGAGCUCAUCAGUCAGACGCAGUCCAGCGCACCCAGCGCUGAGCCUGCAGCUGCGCCCAGCACAACAAGCGCUGAUUUGGCUGCCUGCGAUUCACUGCAAGCUUCUGUAAUCUCACGCAUGAGCGAGGCCAAGGCGCUGCAAAAUAAUCGCAUUAGCGAAAUGAGCGCGGAGAGUUUGGUUUGGCUAUCACAUCGCCUGGGUCCGGUGCUCACCUCACGCUUUAUAACACGCAAUCUGCUCAAGCUGCUGUCGCUUUGCUAUGUGGGACAGGAGAAUCUGCUGCCAGAGCUGGAGGCUACAGAUGAGAGCAGUUCGUCUGCGGAUGCUUUGAAUCUCAACUACUUUAGCAUUGCCAAUGCGCGUGUCGUCGGAGAUCGCAGCGCAGCGCGUGUGCUCGAGUGUCUUAUGCAUAUAGCAGCCAUCUAUGGCGAGAACUUUUUGCUGCUGCAAUAUUUUCCGCACAUAAGCGAGCUCAUUGCGUUGUGCUCAAAGCGUCUGACGGGCAGUCUGGAGGGCGCCAUCAUAAGCUCGCUGCAGCUGCUCAAGUACAUGUUGCCUUGUCUGAUGGAUGCAAGCAUUAUGGAGCAUCUGCAGCAUACCAUAUUGGAGGCUAUACUGUUGCCCAUACUGCGGUUGCUAAGCUCAACGAAUCUGGUGAUGCCGAGCGGCUAUUUGGGACGUUCGCUGCUGGCGCGUAAAUUCCUGGAUGCAUGCUAUGCUCUGAGCGUUCGACUAGGCUCGGAUAUGACGCGGGAACAUCUUUGCCAGACGCUGCUGUCGCCAUUCUUUCUUAUAUUCAACAAAGCUUAUGGCUUGCCCAAUGACUUUAGCGGCAAUUUGGCUAAUUUGACGCUGGGCGGCGCUGCUGGCGCACUGGAAGAGCUGCGUGAUGUAUUUGGCCCGGAGCUGGCGCAUACUUCCUAUCUCAUCUUUCUGCGUUUUCUGGGCGAGUCUAUAAUGCAGCGCACAUUGAGCAAUUUGGAAUUUGUGUUGACGCUUUGCCAUGAGCAUGGCGCUCAAACUGAAUCUCAGCUGAGCAGCAGCGCCAGCCAGAGCAUACAAAUGGAUGUUGUGGACAGCGGCGAGAGCGCUGCCAAUAGCUUUGGCACACAAAUUGUGGGCAAUCGCUUGCAGGUUGUAAGCGGCAGCAUGGAGCUGCUGGAUCUGGUGGCCUACAAGCUGGAUCACAUGCCCAGCACGCGCUAUUUGCAAGGCAAUUGGUUGGCCUAUUGGCGGCAUGAGAACAGUCGCAGCGACAAGGAUCAGCAGGUGUUGAAUCUCAAGCAAAUACGUCUGCAAUCCUUUGUGGGGCACACAAACUCUGUUAGAGCAAUUUAUGCGCUGGAGAAUGAGAAUAGCUUCAUAAGCGCUUCCAAGGACAAAACGGUGAAGUUGUGGUCGCUGCGUAAUGAGGGCGAUGGACGCAAGAGCAGCGCCUGCCGUUUCACCUACACAGCGCAUAAGAAGUCUAUACACUCGUUGAGUUUUCUGGAGUCGCUGCGUUAUGUAGUGAGCUGUGAUGCGGGCGUGCAUCUAUGGGAUCCAUUUAUAGGCAGACCGCUGGGUCAGCUGGACUCCGCUAGACACAGCGCAGUCACCGUAGUCAAGUGUCUGCCCUCGCAUUCGCCUUUGGUAGCCGCUGGCACAGCUGAGUCUACAGUGCGUAUAAUUGAUGCACGCACUAUGCAAUACGUCAACGAGUGGCGCGUUUGUCAUGCCGCCUUGCCCAAUGCCACAGUGCGUUGCUUGGCGGUAGCACCUUCGGGUAAUUGGCUGGCUGCUGGUCUCUCCUCCGGCAGCAUUAUGCAGCUGGAUACGCGCACUGGACUCGUGUUGAAUGCCUGGCGGCCCAUGGAGUGCGACUUGCUGCAACUGACGGCACCCAGCGAUCAGCUGCUGGUCAGCUCGGCGCUGGAUCAUAGCCUGGCUGUCUGGCAUGCACUCGACGGCAUUCUGCACUAUCAGCUCAAACCACCACCAGAGCCCGCACACUUUCUACAAACUGUAGGCUCGUCCCUCAUCUAUGCCACCACCGGCAAUCGCGUGGGCGUCUAUGCGGAUGUGGCCAACUCUCAUGCGCUGAACACCAUUACCAAGCUGCGUUCGGAAACUUUUCGUGGCGUGCUCACCUCGUUGGCUGUGCUGCCGCUGAAUCGCGCUUUUCUUGCCGGCAACGAAAGCGGCAACAUUGCUUUGCUUUGUUAGCUGCUGCUGCCCACGUACAAAUCUAUUUAGUUUAUAGCUCGACUAACAAUUGGCACCAAAUAUUAAUUUAAAAAGACACUACCCAGCAAAAAUUAACACAUAUGUAUGUACUCACAGGAUAACAAAAAGAGGUUUUAGUUUUUUAAUGACAAAUUGUAUUCCAUCACAAGAAUUCCUAGCAUUAAGCAUAAUGUAUUUAUUUCGAAAAGGAAACGGUAGCAAUAUUCAAACAUAUACAAAUAUAUAUGUUG